UUCCUCACAAAUACAAGCAUCUUUCCAGUUUUACCUUUUCUCUAAUACUCUUUUCAGGCAGAUAUCCUUGGAGCACCCUGCAGUCUACUGUCAUCUUGAAAUUAAGAGAUACACUCACUGUGGCCAACAUGUAUGUCGAUUCUGAAGCAGAAAAUGUGUCCAUGUCUUUGAACUUCAUGGGCAGGAAGUUACGUAACCAUACUGUUGCCCCAGCAGCAAGACAACGUGCCUGGGAGACCACUGAUCUCACAUCUCACGAUGAUGCAGUAGGCACUACCCGGGUGGUACUUUCUCAUCCUGUUGUGUCAGUAUCAGAAGAGCUGCCAGGCAGUGUGCCAGACCUGAAAGAAGAGGUUCAGCGGUAUAGACCAUGUAACAUGCACAACACACUCUUAGAUCAGGAUAAAAAUAGAGGUCCAGCUAAACGCGAGGUCUCCUGGCUAAGGAAAGUUAAAGUUAAAUGGAACCCAUUUAAGCGCUGGAUUGGCACAGACCGACAUCAUUAUCCAAAUUCUACCUUCAAAGGAAUAAGAGUUUGUGAAGAUCAGCCUGCAAUGGAUGUCAAGAUGUUUAUUCCAUACGACUCUGCAAAGCUUUUCAUAAACCAAAUGACAGAUGAUAUGAUGGCAAUGAAGAGCAGGCAUGAGGAGAUGAUCAAGGAACUGGAGGAGAACUUUCUCAUGGCCUCACGAGAAAAUCAGGAACGAACAAAGAUUAAAAUGAGGAUAUAUUACCAAAAUAAGCUUAACACCCUGAAGAGAAUCCUGGAUAUUUACCAGGAAAAGGUGGCCAGAAGAAAUGCAUUCUGGGAAGAGAAGGUUAGGACUCUGGAGAGUCUAAAUAAUGGCCUUCAGGAGCAACACAAAGUGCUUCACCAGAGGAACAGAGAAGAUUUAGCAGCAUGGAAUGAAGAGAAGGUGUCACAUAAUUGUAGCAUUUUACUGUUUGUUUAGACUGGUAGUGGAAGUAGUUAUUUCCAAGUAGUAAUUGUUUCAAUAGUAUUAUAUCACUAGA